AUGCAUUCUUACAUUUCUCACGACUGCAGCCACGACGAGGAUACCCAUGACGACAACAGCAGGAUCACUGUAGCAAUGCCCGAGCUCCAUUGCAAUGACCCUGCGCAUCACCGUAAAGACAGUAUAAAUCAGAAUGAAGCCACCAGGCUCUCCGCGGACGGUAGUAGCUUUAUGGACAUGUCACCAGAUGUCCCUGUGGAUCAGGCCAUCGAGGUGAAUGAGAUAGCGGACACGGCAGAGCGAGAUGCCUCCUCCCCGCUUCCCGAAGUUCAUGUUCUCCCCGAUACACCUGACACCAAUGCUUCCAUCGCAGGUAUGCCAUUCCCAACGGUGUCAACAUCCAUCCAUCGACACGAGGCUACGACGGCUUCCGAAAUACUGCCUGACAAAACAAUCAAUGCCACCUUCCCUACGAACACCGGACGCCGCGGCAGGGACCGUGCAUCUGCUCCUCCUCCUACGAACUAUGGAUUGCAGUUCUUGGACUUGUCAGAUGAUAGCAAUGAAAUUACUCCUAGUGGCAAGGCCCAUUCGAUCGGAGGUCUCCCAGUUCGCGCGAGGACGCUGGUAGAUCGUAAGAGGGAAUGUCUUCGCGUUCCCGAACCUGAACGAGCUGAGCCACGACGAGCAAGCCACGACGAAGAGACAAAGGCUGACGAGGGACAGCGGGAUCGAGGAGAACGCCCCGCGCAUGGUCGAUCGAAGUCUCAACCUGCUUCGUCUAUCCGAAUAGGCAACCCCGGACGCCCGUACUACAGUGCUAUUCGACCUAAUAUGAACGUAGGCGCGAGUUUCUCUCAGCCCUCUUCUCCUGUUCGCACGACAUACGACUCUCGGCCCAGUUCUCGAGGUGUUUCACCCCGUCCUGGAUCCUCUGCGGCGUAUCUCUCGACUAGUUACCCUGCGUCUCGUGCAUCUUCCCCCGCUCCUUCAUCUUAUCACAACCAUGCCCAUCCCAAGACGAAGUCGUUCCUCGACAUCGACGUCCUAGAUGACGAAGAAUAUUUAUUCUCGUCUCUUACACCUCCUAGUGCCCUGCCACCUGUUUAUGCCCAAUCUUACGCUACAUCAGAGCCAUACAUCCACCGGACCGGAAUGGGUUUCAGUGGUAUGGGGUUAGGCCUGGGAAGUGGGGUAUUCGGAAAUCCCGAGGUAGCUAUUGGUCCAAGACCAACGUCGAGUGCAGGGUACCGAGAAUCAAGAGAGUUAUCCCGCAACGAUGUCGAGGAUCCCCUAGAAGCUUCACUUCGCCACGCCUCGAUGGCAGCGCGAUCCAGGAAAGACCGAUUUGCGCUGAGCCGCGUAUGGAGAGGAAAGAGAGAAUCUGCACCUGGAUCUCCUUCGAGCUUGCAUAUGAGCGACAGGGAACCGGGGCUUGAGAACAGUAUGCAGGGCCAUAAGAACGAGUUUGGAGAGAGAUUCGCGGUAGAUCUCAGCAAGAUUAAAGAGAUGGGAAAGGAUGUUGGGAAAAUAGGUGUGGACGGGGUUGCAGAGCAGAUGAAGAAGGUCGGACGUGGGUUCAGGAGCUUGAGGAGUUUUGUGACUAUCCGACGAUCGAGGUAA